GUGCAAAAACACGCAGUUUUCGGAACUGGGGGGGAGGGGGGAACUGGUUGGCGCCCAGCGAAAGGGCGGGACGGCGUGCGGGGGCUGGUGGGCCGCCCCCCCCACUCAGCGGGAGGAGGGAGCAGCGCGCGGUACCGAGCGCCCGGCGCCCGCAGUGAUCCGCCCCACUGCUUGCAGAAGAGGGGACAUCUCCGGAGCAGGGGCCAUCUCAGCUGUGACACUGCUGCCAUCAUCCCCCUGAGAGAGGCCUCACCAGCUUUCCUCUUCCUCCACCAUCUUCCUCUUCCUCCCCAGACACAGAGCAGCCUUGUAACCAUUUCGCUGCCGCUCCUACCGGUGCUGGCACAGACAGACAUCCCUCAGUGCUACUGCAAGCCCCCAGUCCUCCCGCAAACCCCUGUGCCAUAGCGGUGGGAGGCGAAGGUGAGGGGCCGUCGGGGUAACACCCGGUUUCCUUCCUGUUUCUCGUGGUGAUGGCCUGUUUCUGGAGGAAGGACAAGCGGAAGGGGAAAUUUUCCCCUCCGCCAGCCUCGCAAGCAGCAGAUUUGGGGAUGCUCAUCCAGGAGAACAGUCACAAGCCCUGGGUGGAAGAUGCUCUCCCCCAGCAGCCGGCAGUGGGGGACACGGAGAAGGAGUUUGCUAACUUCUCCUGGUUCCAGCGCCUUGGUAAAGGCUGGCGGCUGAGCAGGGACCAGCGGUUGCUGUGGCACAUGGCACAGUUGAAGAAUGGGAGCAAGCAGUGCCGGACUUUCCAAGGAGCCAAGGAGAGCCAGAGAGCCACCAGGCUGCAGACACAGGCUGCUGAGAGAUGCACCGAACUGGAGCAGAAAGCGCUGGGGCUGCUGGAGAAGCCAGGGACCUGCCAAAAAGCCACCCAAGGUGGGGAAGCCCAGCAGGAAGAGCACAUGGCCUCGGUGACGGCAGUCAACAUCUGCAGCAGCAUCCCACACCUCAGGGAAGAUGGCUGGGAUGAGCCAAUUGUUGGACGCAAAGUGCAAGAUGGGGUUGUGGUGAGGGGGGGUGAUGGCCACAGGGACCAGGUGGGUCGAACUCAGCCCCUGGUCCAGGCAGGCACCAGCGGGGAUGAGGAGGGAAGGACCACUGGUUCGCCCCAGAGCCUGGGCUUGUGGGUGGAGGACAAGGAUGCUGCCACUGUCCCUCGAGGGGACAGGGACAGGCAGGACUUGAACCCUUCAUCAGCAGAGGGAAGGUCUGGGGAGGAGCAGAGGAGGCAAGUGUGGGAGAAGCUGCAUUGCCUGGGAGAAGACAUGGUAGAGUGGGAAGGGCGGUCCACGAGGGACCUGGCAGUCAGGCUGAUGGAGAAGAUCCUGAAGACAAAAACCGAGGCAUACCCUACAGAGAUGGGGAACAAAACCCACCAGCAGGAGCAGGGGCAGGGCGUGGCUAGAGCCAGGGUGGGUGGCUACAAGGAGGUGAAUGCUUUGGUGGACACCCAUGUGGACAUCACCACAGUGCAGCAGUACCCCCAGCUGCUGUACCUUGCUGUGUGCCACGACACCCCCGUCUCCAUCAGUGGGACCACAUAUGGGGAUGAUCAGCACCUCCCUGCCAUGCUGGAGCCAUCUGGGAAUGAGCAGAUCUGGGAACACUCUGACGAUGACCUCCUGGAGCAGGGAGGUUCCCCAGCUCUUCCUAGGCCUGCGGUGCUAGCCUGCCAUGUCAAGGUGGUAGAGGUUGAGGACAAAGAGCAGUGGAGGGAGGAAUUCCCAUAUGUGUGGGCGCAAUACGAGAUGGACUGUGGGCUGGUGUCCGGGGAAGAGAACCUGAGUGGGGCACCGGUGCCCUUCCAGUGGCAACCCCCAUUGCCAGACGAUAUGGACGAGGCAGUGGCGAACAUGCUGCAGUACUUGCUGGCUGAUGGCGUGGUGGUGAAAGGCACCUCUUCCUCCAACAGCCCUUUACAUCCCAUCCCGAAAGGCGACGGGAAGACAUGGCGUCUGACGCUCAACUGCAAAGCUAUCAACAAGGCCACCCCCAUGGUGGAGGCUCCAGUGGUCCUGAACAGGACCACCCUUGUUGCCACCAUCAGCCCCAAAAGCAAGUAUUUCUCAGUGGUGGAUCUAUCGAAUGCCUCCUUCGCCAUACCCUUAGCGGCAGACUCCAGAGCCAGGUUUGCCUUCACCUUCAGGGGCCAGCAGUAUCUCUUCACCCGGCUGCCCCAGGGCUUCCACAAUACCACCUCCAUCGUGCACCGGCGGGUGGCUCAGAUGCUGCUCCAGCUGCCCCGAGGAGAUCAGCCUUGGGUUUUUUCCUACGUCGAUGACAUCCUCAUCACUGGGAGAAGCCGAAAGGAAACCAGAGCCCGAACAAAGACAGUCCUAAAGCUGAUCCAAAAAACAGGAUUUAAAGCCAAGUUUGAGAAGGUGCAGCUCGUGCAGCCCAAGGUGGACUACCUGGGGAUGACAAUUGGGGCUGAGGGGAGGGAGAUCCAGGCCAGCAAGCUGGAGGCCAUCAGCAAAGCACCCUGCCCACGGGAUGUCCACAGCCUCCGCUCGCUGCUGGGGCAGUUCAUCUCGUUGCAGGAUCACAUUGCUGGCUUUUGGGAGCUGGCCCGGCCGCUCCACCACCUCACCACUGAGCAGGUCGCAUGGGAAUGGGGACCAAAGCAGGAGCAGGAGCUGAGCCGCCUGAAACACGCCAUCCUGACUGCGCCCACCCUGCGGUUCCCUGACAAGUCCCAGCCCUUCAUUAUCAGGUUAACGACCAGCAAAGAGGCGAUAGGAGCUUCCUUGCUGCAGGAGGACAAGCAGGGCCGGUUGGUGCCGGUGGGACACAGCUCCCGCAUCCUGAAGAGCCAUGAGGCCUCCUACCUGCCGCAGGAGAAGGGGUGCCUGGCAGCCAUCUGGGCCGUGCAGGCAUUUGAGACCCUCACAGGGCUGGCCCCCAUCGUCAUCCAGAUGCCCCACUCCCCUUGGAAGUAUCUUGUAUGGGGUGAAGCAUUGGGGUCCUGCGGGACGAACCCGUACCCAGCACAGUGGACUCUGCUGCUGGUGAACACGGGGGCAAUGGCAAAGAGCCCCCAGCCUGAGUGCAGGUACCCUCCCAGCACCCCAGUCCCCACCGCUCCCCCUCUGCGGCUGCUGCCCUCCCACGUCCCCAAGGCCAACGUGUGGUUCAUGGCCAGCGACAACACCGACUCCAUCAGCUUUGCUGCGGCCAACCUGGAAGAGCGGUGGCUGCUCGGGGUGGCCCAGAGUAGCUUGGUGCUGGAUGCAGAGCUGGAGGCUCUCGAGCAGCUCCUGUAUAGUCACCAACGCUCCUCACCCCUCUAUUUGUACACCAGCUGCUGGUCCUUGGUGGAAGAGUUGCAAAGCCAGAUUGGUGAGUGGGAAUCAGGAUCGUGGGCAAGCUCCGGUGAGGGUUUAUGGCCCAGCAUCCUCCAGUGGGUCCACACCAACCCAGGGAUGCUGCACAUCAGGUGCAUGGGAGGGGACAGGAGCAAGGACCUGGAGGAGAAGGAUUGGAGCCAGAAGGUGGGCAGGAGGGCCAGGGCGAUGUCUGGCAGGGCCGUGGGCAGCUGCCACAUCUGGGAGCCUUCAAAGCACGAGAAGCAAGAAAUAAUCGCCCGGUGUCACUACUGGUUGCAUGAGGGGGCAGAGGGGACCCUGGCAAGGGUGCGGCAGGUGGCACUCUGGGAAGGUGACAGUGAGCAGGUGGCCCGUUGGGUGCGGAGCUGCCUUCUGUGUGCUGCGGGCAGGAACGAAGUGGGCAGGGUGCUGCCCCAGCGGGCAGAGGGGCCAUGGUCGCAGCUCCAGCUGAGCUACAUCAGUGGCCUCCCUGAGACCAAGGAGGGGUACCACUCCCUCUUGGUGGUGGAGGAUGAGUUUUCAGGAUGGGUGGAGGCUUUUCCAGUGUGGGAGAAGACAGCAGAGGAGACAGUCAAGGUGCUCUUCGAGGAGAUUUUUACACGGUACGGGACACCUCGUGCCAUCCGUUUGCUGCACGUGCCAUGCUUCCUCCGGGAUGCUGUGCAGCUGGUGAUGGAGGCAUGCAGCGUGGAGCUGCUGUGCGACCUCCUGCAGCCCAGCCAGGUGGGACCGGCCUCGGCAGCUCUGCAGCAGCUGGCCUUGGGGGCUGGCAGGGAGUGGGUGAAGAUGCUCCCCCUGAUCCUGGCGGGGUUCAGAUCUGUACGGGCACGGGGAGAAGUGCUAAGCCCUUACCAAAUUAUUUUUGGCUUCCCGUUGGAGAUGAAGUGUGGAUGUGAGGAGGAGGUCUGCCCCCAGGACAACGUCCUUCCCUGGCUCAGACAGCUGCAGGAGGAUGGGACCAGUUACAAGCACUGGACUGAAGGCAUGCUACCAAGGGACUGUGAGGAGGGGGAUGCUCCAUGGCUGUAGCCCCCCAUCUCAUCUAUGAGAUUGCUGUCUCCGUGUGUCAUGUCUCAUGGUGUGGGGAGAAAAUGGGUGCACUGGGUUUGCUGAAGGGCUUUUAGGCAGGGCUAGGGGGCUUUUAGGUGGGGGGGGGGGGUAAGCAGGGCUGGGAGGCUUUUAGGCAAGACUGGGGGGCUUUUAAGCAGGACUGAGUAAUGCGCAACAUCUUCUUGCUAUGGUGUUGAAGUGCAGGGAGGGAAGACUUUACUUGUUUUGACUGGGAUGGAGUUGGUUUUCUUCAUACCAUCCAGCACGGUGCUGGGCUCUCCAGCAGUGCUGGAAGCACUGGCAUGGUGUUGCCAUCCCCAGUCCUGUGCAAGGCUUGGGAGAGCUGGGCCAGCUUUUGCUCAGGACUGUGGAAGACACUGAGAAAAGGAUGCCUUAGCAUCCCUUGCUUUGCUUGCUUUAUUUUCUUUCCCUUUUUCCACUUUUCCUUCAUUUAUUAAACAAUUUUUAUCUCAA